UCUCAGGGGUUAAACUUCAAGGCAGGGUCAUGGAAAAGACCUGUGAUCGAACCACAGCUGAGCUAAUGUUUGCCAGGGUAUUGCACGUGCACAUCCAAUAUAAGGCGCACUGACCGCCCUCCAGCCUUUCCUGGCUGAGAAAUCAAACUUUUGAACAACUGAGUGAAAGUAGACUAUAGUUUGUAAGCGACUGCCGGUAUUAUGAAGACGAUCUGGGGCCUGUGUCUGCUUUGUUUGGCCGGGGGUUUAAGAGCGGUCAUCGCAGCACCGGUCAGGAAGACCGGCAAGAUGGAAGACAAGACUGCGCCACAGGAAGAGGUCAACGUGCUCAUGUUUGGUGUCAUACAGUUCAGCGAAUCCCUUAACUAUGUUUAUGAAAGCACUGAGGCGAAGAUAGCUCGAAUCAGCCAGACUCUGAGGAGCCAUGAGGGGACUCUCGAAAAGCUGGGGAGGCAGACUGAGCAGGCUGCAGAGGUGGAGAGACAGAUCAAAGAAGUAAUACAGCUGCUACAGGCCCAGAUGGUCAAGCAACAGGCUCAGACCAAGAGGACUAAAGAGUGGCUGGCCGGCAAGGAGCAGGAAGGGGUGGAGCUGAAGACAAAAGUGAAGAAGCUGGAGAUGUUUCUCAACACCAACAUGAGCAUCAAAGAGCUGCAGGAGAGAGCAGAGGAGCAGUCAUACAUCUUGAAAAGUUUACAGCAUUUGACCCAGUUCCAAAAAGAGAACAUCGAGACUAUGAAUGAGAAGCUCUCCAAACUGCAGGCGAUGAGUGAAGCUAUGACAUAGCUGUUUCAACAUUCACCACUGAGGUCUCACAGUCUCUCACGUCCACCCAGAUCUCAACUCUGGAACGUCACUGCACUCCCUUUCGACCCUGCAACGUGUGCUAUAGAUCUACUGUAUGGCCAGGAAAUUGAUUUGUUAGUACUCAUAUGAUUAUAUCCUUGUUGUUGCAGCUGUCAUCUAUUUCUUAUGUAAAAAUGUUUGUGUCUUUUGUUUGUCUUAACUUUGAUGUACUUAGUAAACCUUGUUUUUAAAAUGAACCAUUCAAUUAAAUCUGUUAAAUUAUUAAAGAUUUAUUUAAAGAGUCAUCUGUAAAUACAUAUAUAUAUAUAUAGAAAAAUCUCAAAGAUGAUAGCUUGCUUUUUGUAUUUAUAUAUUUUACAGAAAAAUAAUCAUCAAUAAAAUGUGUUUCAAUUUGAUUAAAAAUACAAACUAAAGUGAA